UUCUAUCUUCUUCACUCAUCUUCUUUGGAGUAGUUAGCUCCAUUUAUUUCUCUCUAUGUGGAUUAAAAAAGUUGGUGUUCUUCUACUCUGCCCCUUUCUAACUGGAUGGAUGUCUGAUCUCACUUCUCUCCUCCAAAUUCCGGUAAUUAAUCUUCUUUCUUUGUUCUGAUUAACUUCUUCUUCACCUUCCUCUGCUCAAUCAUGAAACCCUGAUUUUUCACAAAUUUUUUCGCUUUAAUUCAUUUAGAUUUUCCUAUGGAUACUCUGCUUAGAACCCAUAAUCAGCUUCAAUUGCUUUACCCACUGCAACACCAUGAAUUUAGGAUAAGACCCAAGAAGAGAAACGGUCAAAAUAGUCAACAUUGGUCAACUAAUACUGGACUUACAGUCCUUAAGGCCAGUGUUCAUAGUAGUGCAGUUCUUGAAUUGCCUGUUCCAGAAGCUAAAAUAGAAGAGAAUCUUGAAUUUGAGUUACCAAUGUAUGAUACAUCUAAAAGUGGUGUUACUUUCGAUUUAGUAGUUGUUGGUUGUGGUCCUGCUGGUCUUGCAGUAGCUCAACAAGUAUCAGAAGCUGGUCUUUCGGUUUGUUCGAUCGAUCCGUUUCCUAAAUUGGUGUGGCCGAAUAAUUAUGGUGUGUGGGUUGAUGAAUUUGAAGCAAUGGAUUUGCUUGAUUGUCUUGACACCACUUGGUCAGGUGCAGUUGUGUACAUAGAUGAUAAUUCGAAGAAGUCUCUUGAUAGGCCGUACGGGAGGGUGAAUAGGAAACAAUUGAAAUCUAAGAUGAUGGGGAAAUGUGUAAGUAAUGGUGUUAUAUUUCAUCAAGCUAAGGUUAUUAAGGUUAUUCAUGAGGAGUCGAAAUCGCUUUUGAUUUGUCAUGAUGGUGUGACGGUACAAGCAACUGUUGUGCUUGAUGCGACGGGGUUUUCACGUUCGUUGGUUCAGUAUGAUAAACCUUAUAAUCCUGGGUAUCAAGUUGCGUAUGGUAUCUUAGCAGAAGUAGAAGAACACCCAUUUGAUGUAGAUAAGAUGCUUUUCAUGGAUUGGAGAGAUACUCAUUUGAAAUCGAAUCAACAACUUAAAGAAAAGAAUUCUAAGAUACCCACAUUUUUGUAUGCUAUGCCAUUUUCGGCAAACAGAAUCUUUCUAGAAGAGACAUCUCUGGUUGCUCGUCCCGGACUUAUGAUAGACGAUAUAAAAGAAAGAAUGGUUCUUAGAUUGAAGCAUUUGGGUAUAAAAGUGAAGAGUAUCCAAGAGGAUGAACGGUGUGUUAUUCCAAUGGGUGGGCCACUCCCUGUACUUCCUCAAAGGGUUGUGGGAAUUGGCGGGACUGCUGGUAUGGUACAUCCCUCGACAGGUUACAUGGUUGCAAGAACUCUUGCAGCAGCUCCAAUAGUUGCAAAGGCGAUAAUAAAGUUUCUUGAAUCUGAACAAGGAUUUUCUGGUAAUGAUUUGUCUGCGGGAGUUUGGAAAGAUUUAUGGCCUAUAGAGAGGAGAAGGCAACGGGAAUUCUUCUGCUUCGGUAUGGAUGUCCUACUGAAACUUGAUUUACCAGGAACACGGAGGUUUUUUAGUGCAUUUUUUGAUUUAGAACCUCGUUAUUGGCAUGGGUUCUUGUCAUCUAGAUUAUUUCUUCCUGAGCUUAUAUCUUUCGGUCUUUCUUUGUUUUCUCAUGCCUCUAAUGUUUCGAGGGUAGAGAUUAUGGCCAAGGGUACUGGUCCGUUGGUUAACAUGAUCAACAACUUAAUACAAGAUGGAGAUAAGGAUUGAAUAAAUUUAUGUCAAUUGAAUGUUUAAUGUAAUGAUGCAUCUGUUUCUAGUUCCAAUCUUUCACAGAGUCAAUAUGAAUCAAAAUACUUAUAUAUACGCAAUUUCAUUUCCUUAGUUGGAUCGUAUA